AGCCCACCGCAUCCUUCUGCUGCAGCUGCCAUGGGCUCUCGGCACUUCCCGGCCCGGACCGUGCUCUUCGAGAAGGAAUCCAACGGUGUCACCUAUCGUGUGCCCGCCCUGCUCUACCUGCCCUGCGUGGCCAAGCUGCUGGCGUUUGCCGAGGAGCGGCUCAGCGCCGACGAUGCCCACGCCAACCUGCUGGUGCUGCGCCGCGGCACCAUCUACGGCAGCUACGUGGAGUGGGAAGACAUGCGUGUGCUGGAAACGGCAACGCUGCAGCACCAUCGGUCAAUGAACCCCUGCCCACUCUACGAUGAGCUCACAGGAACCCUCUUCCUCUUCUUCAUCACGGUGCUGGGCAGGACACCCGAAGCCUACCAGAUCGUCACUGGCCAAAAUGUCACCCGCCUCUGCUGUGUCACCAGUGCUGACCAGGGCCUGAGCUGGAGCACAGCCACAGACCUGACGCAGCAGGUCAUUGGCGCAACCAUCAAAGACUGGGCGACGUUCGCGCUGGGCCCCGGCCACGGGAUCCAGCUGCGUUCCGGCCGGCUGCUGGUGCCCGCCUACAGUUACCACAUUGACUGCAAGGAGUGCUUUGGGCAGCUCUGCAAGACCACCCCGCACUCCUUCGCCUUCUACAGCGACGACCACGGCCGCGGCUGGCGCUUCGGGGAGUUCAUCCCCAACCUGCAGACGGGCGAGUGCCAGCUGGUCUCAGUGGAUGAGGAGGACGGAUCCAAUGUUCUCUACUGCAACGCCCGCAGCCCCUUGGGCUUCAGGGUCCAGGCGCUCAGCACGGAUGACGGGGCCGUCUUCCACAGGGGGCAGCUGGUCCAGCGGCUGGUGGAGCCCCCCCAUGGCUGUCACGGCAGUGUCAUUGGCUUCCCCGCACCACUGGUGUAUGUCCCCACCGCCUCCCGGGACACCGGGAUGCCCCUCCGGGGCUCGGCUCGCCGACUGCUCCCUGGGGUGCUCUGGGGGCUUGGGCACCUGCCCACCCGACAGGCAGGAGGUGCUGAGCUCUCCAUUGGCAACCACCAUGAACCAGAUGAGCCCAAUGAGGAUUUUCCUACCCCGGGGCAUCACGAUGAUGCUCACAGCGUCACCUUGGUCCAGGAGGACUCUGCAGCAACUCCCAGCCCCACUCCCUUCUUCCAAGCACCAACAUGGAUCCUCUACUCCCACCCCACCAGCUCCAUGUCACGGGUCAACAUGGGGGUUCACCUGAGCACCUUCCCCAGGGAUGCAGACAGCUGGACAGAGCCCUGGGUCAUCUACGAGGGCCCGAGCGCUUACUCAGACCUGGCUUACCUGGAGCUGCCCUACAGGGACGCGCCGGUGGCCGGUGGCACGGCCGUCGCCUUCGCCUGCCUCUAUGAGAACGGCAUGAGGUCUCCCUAUGAGCAGAUCUCCUUCAGCAUGUUCACACUGCACGACGUGCUCCAGAACAUCCCCCUGAGAGCUGCUGCUCCCCGGCGGGGCCGCGGCCCCACGCGCCACCGAGGGAAGAGGAGGCGAAGGAGCUGCCUCAUCUCCUAG